UAAAUGAAUGUAGCUGGUAUUCAGUCGUUUAAUAGCUUUUGAGAAGUAAACAAGUGACAAAGUCUAAAGAAAGUAUAAUUCUGCCGGAAUCCACAAAUAUUCGAGUUUAAUAUAAAUUAAAGCAAUUUAAAGAACAUUCCCAGCAAUAAAAUGGAUUACAAACCAACUCCCACUGUAGUGCCCACCGCCCCAUUUGAUGCCUCCGCCGAUGCGCAGGCACUGCGCGCCGCCAUGAAAGGUUUCGGCACGGACGAGGAGGAGAUCAUCAACUUGCUCACUGCGCGCUCCAAUGCACAGCGGCAGCAAAUUAAGGCGCAAUUCGAAACGGAAUUCGGGCGUGACUUGGUCGAUGACUUGAAGAGCGAAUUGGGUGGUAAAUUUGAAGAUGUGAUUGUGGCCUUAAUGACACCACCCGUGGAGUAUUUAUGCAAGCAGUUACAUGAGGCUAUGGCCGGCAUGGGCACAGAUGAGGAGACACUCGUCGAAAUACUGUGCACUAAAACGAAUGAGGAGAUGCGGGAAAUAGUAGGCGCUUAUGAGGCGAAAUAUGACCGACCGCUGGCGGAGCAAAUGUGUAGUGAAACUUCGGGACAUUUUCGACGUCUGUUGACCUUGAUUGUAACUGGUGUGCGCGAUCCCGUUGGCACAAUUGAUGCCGGAAAGGCGCAAGAAGAUGCCGAGGCAUUGUAUGCGGCUGGUGAGGAGAAACUCGGCACCGAUGAAGAGGUCUUCAAUCGCAUUAUGUCGCACAGCAGUUUCGCACAGUUGCGGCUCAUCUUCGAUCGGUACAAAGAACUGUCUGGACAGACAAUUGAACAGGCGAUCAAACAUGAGAUGGAUGGUGCGUUGCACGAUGCCAUGAUUGCUAUUGUCGAAUGUGUGCAGUCACCGGCCGCCUUUUUCGCCAAUCAACUUUACAAAGCAAUGGAUGGAGCCGGCACAAAUGAUGCUGCUCUCAUACGUUUGAUUGUCAGUCGCUCGGAAAUCGAUUUGGGUACUAUUAAAGACGAAUUCGAACGUAUCUACGAUCGUACUUUGUACAGUGCUAUUGUGGCGGAAACAUCGGGCGACUACAAAAAUGUCUUGGCUGCGCUACUGGGUGGAGCUUAAGCUGCUAUAAUACUCUUUUAAAUUAAUACAGAUUAUCUAUUCGAAAUAUUUUGUGCAAUUGCUGCUACAACAAUAACAACAUAUAGUAAUUGACGUUGUAAACACAAAACAUUUUAAGCUAGAAAAAUUAUAUGCAGUUGUUAGAAAAAUAAAGAAAUAUGUUUUAGCGUUUGAAAUAAAA